UCGUCAUCGUUCACCUCUCCUCAAGCCUCUUCCAUCCAACAUGUUCAGGCCGCUACUCGCCGCCGCCCGUGCUACCGCCCGCUCCGUUCCGCGCUCCGCCGCACCCCAGCGCUCGGCGCUUGAGGCGCUGCGCCGACCGCUCUCAUCCUCGUCCCGCCAGCGAGUCGAGUACCGGCGCUUUGACAACCGCUCCUCAGGGCAGCCGAGCUCCGGCAAUGUCAUGAACUACAUGCGGCGCCGCGUCGGCGGUGAUCGCGGCAUGGUGCUCUACGGCAUCAUGAUCGGCGGCGGUGCAAUCUACUAUGUUGCCCAGUGCGUAACGGCUGUGCGGGGAAGGGUCCGAGAAGCAAGAGAGGAGUGACGUUGACGCCAGCCUCGAACGAGUCCCAAUCACCGGUCGGUUGAGGUUUAUGGAUUGCACGCCUGAGCAGGAAAGUGAGGUGAGUACAUGUGUGUGUGGCGAAGACACAGAGGGCGCAUGUGUGGCGCGGUCGCAAGAGCCGUGCAUGUUAAAGCGUCUCGG